GUUUGUCUGGGAAACCGUCCAGAAGUGGUGAACAAUCUUAUCAGGCCUCUCGACAGCUCGGAAGUUGAUGGUUUUUUGUCCGUGGUGAGAGAGCCACAGCGCUCUUCUGUCUCAGCUGCAGUAUUGACUGAUGACUGGACUGUGUGUUUUCCAGAUGGCCACGAGCAGUAGCUGAGGACGCCGCUGGGAGUUCUCCACUUGCAGAUAUGAGUGGUCCAAGUGUUUGGGCCAUCUCUCCUGAGGAGAGGGACAAACAUGAUCAGAAUUUCGACACCCUCUCCCCAUCGAUGGGCUAUGUCUCAGGAGAACAGGCGAGGAAGUUUUUCCUCAAGUCGGGGCUGCCUGCCUCCGUGUUGGCUGAGAUAUGGGCUCUGGCCGACAUGAAUAAAGAUGGAAAGAUGGACAGGUUGGAGUUUUCCAUUGCUAUGAAGCUCGUAAAGCUAAAACUUCAGGGUACACCGCUUCCCCAAGCCCUGCCAAUCAUCAUGAAGCAGCCACCGGUGCCUGCCCCCAACCUGAGUAAACCAACCUACGGUAUUAGUUCUGUGCCUAACUUGAUGAUGCCCGGAUCAAACCUUACCAUGUUGACUCCUAUCCCCAUGGCAACCUCUGGACUGUCAACUUUGACACCAAUGCCUGGCCUGACUCCUAUGGUUCCUACAGCAACGGGGCUCAACCCACUAAUAGCCUCCACCCCCACCAGGCCCAUGAUGUCUACCAUGGGAAACACUGCGAUGCCAAACGGCACCAUGGGACUUCUCCAUCCAAUGCCUGCAGGAGUUUUGUCUACUGGCUUACCGCUCUCUGUGACCCCCUACACCUCACCACUCGGACUGGGAUCUGGCAGCUCUGCUUCCUCAUCCCCGUCUGGGUUGUCCCCCAUGGCUGCUGUUCCCAGCGACUGGGCCGUGCCACAUGCUUCCAGACUUAAAUACAGGCAGCAGUUCAACAGCUUGGACAAACAGAUGAUUGGAUUCCUCACUGGCCAGCAGGUGAGAGGUGCCAUGGCAACCACGAUGCUGACGCAGACACAGCUGGCCUCCAUCUGGAAUUUAGCCGACGUGGAUAAGGAUGGCAAGCUGAAAGCUGAGGAGUUUAUUCUGGCAAUGCAUCUUGUGGACAUGGCAAAGAGCGGACAGCCACUGCCACUCACACUGCCAAGUGAGCUGGUUCCACCCUCACAAAGGACUGGAGUGAAUGGAUCCAACGCCUCUCUCUAUGCAGCUCUGAUGGACGACUUGGACGUAGAACCUCCGCAGAAAACCAAAACCAACAUGUCAUUCGAGGAUAAAUUCAAAGCAAACCUGGAGCGCGGGAAUGCCGAGCUGGAGAAAAGACGACAGGCACUGCUGGAGGCAGAGAGGAGAGAGCAGGAGCGGCGCGCUCAGAAGCAGAGAGAGGAGCAGGAGAGGAGGGAGAGGGAGGCUCGAGAGGCCGAGGAGAGGAGGAGGAAAGAGGAGGAGAGGAGGCUGGAGCGACAGAGGGAGCUGGAGAGACAGAGGGAAGAGGAGCGACAGAGGGAGAUAGAGAGAAAAGAGGCUGCACAGCGAGAGCUCGAGCGUCAGAGGAAAGAGGAGUGGGAGAGGAGGAGGAGAGGGGAGCUCCAGAUAAAGAAAGAACAGGAGCAGGAUGAUAUCAUUAAACUGAAGGCUAAGAAGAGGAGUCUAGAGAUGGAGUUGGAGGCAGUGGGCAACAAGCAGCGUCAGAUCUCAGACCGACUCCGAGACAUUCAGAACAAGAAGAAGCUUCAGAGGACAGAGCUGGAUCUGAACAGUCAGAGGAAAGACACACGGCAGCAGGACAUCAAUAGCCUGCAGAAAGAGAUCGAGGAGUUCCAGAGGAAGUUGUCUCACCUGACCCCUGUGCAGAGAAGUCUAACUGAGAAACUCAAUAACAUGUCCCUGAAUAAUAUGCCUGUAUCGACCAUGUCCACACUGAAGGUGGGAGUCACAGAGAAAAGAGGGACAUGUAUGAAACUGCGAGACCAGCUGAAAAUCCUAGAGAAGGAGACUGCAGACAAACUGGCUGAGAUGGACCGGUAUAACAAAGACGUGCAGGAACUGAGAGAGAACCAGAGAAAGCAGCAGGCUGCGCUGGAGAAACUGCGAACCAUCAAAGAAGACAAACGGCGUGAGCUGAUUCAGAGGAAGGAGCAGGAAGAGGAGAGGAAACGCCAGGAGGAGGAGGCUCAGAGGCGCAUUAAGAUUGAGAAGGAGCGUCAGUGGCAGGAGAAGCUGAGGAGGGAGGAAGAGGAGCGCCAGAGGAAACUACAGGAGGAGAGAGAGGCCAAACAGAGAGAGGAGGAAGAGAAGGAGAGACAGGCUCUCAUCCGGGCUGCCAAGGAGCAGGCCGAACGAGAGCUCAGAGCAAAAGAGGAGGUGGAGAGGAAGAGAAGAGAGGCCGAGGAAAAGAGGAAAAGGGAGGAGGAGGAGCGCCAGAGGCAAGCCGAGAGGCAGAGGCAGGAGGAGGAGAGGAGGAAGCUGGAGCAGGAGAGGAGGAAGCUGGAGGAAGAGAGGAGGAAGCUGGAGGAAGAGAGGAAGCUGGAAGAGAAGAGAAGGAAAGAAGAGGAGGAGCGGCACAGGAGGGAAGAAGAGAGGAAGAGGUUAGAGGAGGAGAGAAGAGAGGAAGAGCGCCGAAGGCAGAAGGAGGAGGAGGAGAGGAGGAGACAGAGGGCGGCGGAGGCGGCUGUCCGAGAUGCGGAGGAGAGGAAAAAACAGGAGGAGGAGAGAAAGAAGAGGGAGGAGGACGAUAGGAGGAGGCGGGAUGAAGAAAGGAGAAGGCUCCAUCAGCAACAGGAGGAAGAGAAGAGGAGACGUGCAGAAGAGGAAAGGAAGAGAAAGGAGUUAGAGGAGGAAAGGAAGAGAAAGGAGAUAGAAGAAGAGAGGAAGAAACUGGAGGAGGAGAGGAAGAGGAGGGAUGAGGCGUCUCGUCAGCAGCAGAACGGAGGAGGGAAGCUGGACAUUCAGGAGAAGCUGACGUCUUUGCUGAAAGGACUGGAGGAGAGAAAGGGUGGGCAGCCGAGGGCCACGCACCACAGGAAGUCAGCAGCUCUGACUUCCUUCAGAGCUCUGUACCCGUUCACAGCUCGCAACAACGAAGAGCUCAGCUUUAACGCAGACGACGUCAUAGAGGUCGAUGAAACGACAGAGCGGGAGGAGGGCUGGCUGUACGGCAGCAAACACGGGAAGAUGGGCUGGUUCCCAGAGAGCUACGUGGAGCGAGUGGCUCCAUCAGAGGCCGCUAAUAACACUGCUGCUCCUGUUGUUCCUGCUCCUGUUUCUAAACUGCCCCUUCAGUCACAGCUUUCCAGUGCCCUCGAGGCUGCCAUGGCAGCAGGGACAAAGUCUGCCUUCACACCGACACACUCUCCACACCCUGCGCCCUCAGAGACACAGGGACAGCAGGUGGUGGGUAACCUGCUGGCCCAGGCCCUGUGUUCCUGGACGGCAAAGACGGACAACCAUCUCAACUUCAACAAGGACGACGUGAUCCAGGUGCUGGAGCAGCAGGAGAACUGGUGGCUGGGCGACCUGAACGGUGAACGGGGCUGGUUCCCCAAGACCUAUGUGACGCUGCUGGGAGAAGAAGAGAGCUCAGACAUGAAGAGCUCCCCUCCUGAUGCUUCAGAGUCUAGCGACAGCCUGCAGCUUGAAGAAUAUGUGGCGUUGUACACCUAUGAGUCUCCGGAGCCUGGUGAUCUGACGUUCAAAGAGGGGGAUGUGAUAUUAGUGAGCCGCAGAGAGGGAGAGUGGUGGAACGGCGCCAUAGGCGACCGCACCGGUCUCUUCCCCAGCAACUACGUGAAACCCAAAGAGACGGACACAUCAAGUAUAUCUGGAAAGAAGAAGCCAGAAGUUGCCCAGGUGAUCAGGGCCCACGCCUCCACCGUACCUGAGCAACUGAAUCUGGAAAACGGUCAGCUCAUCGUCAUCCUCUGCAAGAACGCGUCAGGCUGGUGGCUCGGAGAACUGCAGGCUCGUGGUAAAAAGCGUCAGAAGGGCUGGUUUCCUUCCAGUCAUGUUAAGAUACUGGGAUCCAACAGUGGCAAGUCCACACCGGCACCUCAAGCAGUCUGUCAGGUCAUAGCCAUAUACGACUACACCGCUGCCAACGGGGACGAGAUGAGCUUCGCUAAAGGACAAUUGAUCAACGUUCUAGACAAGAACAACCCUGAUUGGUGGAGAGGAGAGAUCAACGGCGUCACCGGCCUUUUCCCCACCAACUACGUCAAGUUAACCACUGCAGACUGCGACCCAAGCCAGCAGUGGUGUGCAGACCUGAACAGCCUGGACACACUGAGCCCACAGGAGAAGAAGAGACAAGGUUACAUCCACGAGCUGAUGCAGACUGAGGAGAGAUAUGUGGAAGACUUACAGAUAGUUCUGGAGGUUUUCUACAGGCCUAUGUCUGAGUCGGGACGUGUGAGUGAGGCAGAGAUGUCCAUGAUCUUUGUCAACUGGAAGGAGCUGCUGGCGUGCAACACUAAAUUUGUCAAAGCACUGCGUGUUCGUAAGAAGACGGGUGGAGACAACAUGCCGGUGCAGAUGAUCGGAGACAUCCUUGCCGCAGAGCUGUCCCACAUGCAGGCCUACAUUCGUUUCUGCUCCUGUCAGAUCAACGGCGCCACACUGCUCCAGACCCGUACUGACAACGAGCCGGACUUCAAGGACUUCCUCAAGAAAAUCGCCACGGACUACAGGUGUAAGGGCAUGCCUCUGUCCAGCUUCCUGCUUAAACCCAUGCAGAGAAUCACACGCUACCCACUUCACAUCAAAAACAUCCUGGAGUGCACUGCUGAAGGCCACGCUGACCGAGGGCCCCUGAAGGAGGCUCUGGAGAGGGCGGAGGAACUUUGUCAACAGGUGAACGAGGGUGUGAGGGAAAAGGAGAACUCUGACAGACUGGAGUGGAUUCAGAACCACGUACAGUGCGAUGGAGCUGCCGAGCAUCUAGUCUUUAACUCUCUUACAAACUGCUUGGGCCCCAGGAAGCUGCUCCACAGCGGGAAGAUGCACAAAGCAAAGGGCAACAAGGAACUUUGGGCUUUCCUCUUCAACGACUUCUUGCUUUUAACUCAUGCGGCAAAACAGUUCGCGUCGUCUGGGCCUGAUAAACUGUUCAGCAACAGGAAUAACGUACAGCUUAAGAUGUACAAACCGCCCGUGCUGCUAAACGAGGUCCUGGUGAAGCUUCCUGAUCCUUCCAGCGAUGAGCCCGUCUUCCACAUCUCACACAUCGAUAGAGUCUACAUACUCAAGACGGACAACAUCAAUGAACGGACGGCCUGGGUUCAGAAGAUUAAAGCUGCGUCUGAGGAGUUUAUUGAGACUGAAAAGAAAAAAAGGGAAAAGGCUUAUCAAGCAGCUCGAUCUGUGAAGAACAGUGGAAUCGGCAGACUCCUCGUCACCAUCUUAGAAGCCACUGAGCUGAAGCCGGGAAAACCCAACGGUAAAAGUAACCCCUACUGUGAAGUGACCAUGGGAGCUCAGAUCUUCACAUCCAGGACGCUCAACGACACCCUGAACCCCAAGUGGAACUUCAACUGUCAGUUUCACAUCAGAGACCUCUACCAGGACGUCCUCUGCAUCACCAUCUUUGAGAGAGACCCAUUUUCACCUGAUGACUUCUUGGGUCGGACGGAGGUUCCCGUGGCAACCAUAAAGAAAGAGUUUGAGAACAAAGGACCAGUAACGCGUCGUCUCCUGCUGCACGAGGUUUCAACGGGGGAGGUGUGGGUCCGCCUCGACCUGCAGCUCUUCGCCAAUAAAUAGACGCUCAGAACGAACUAAAAUAGGAGAAAUAUGAGUAAGAACAACUAACCAAAUAAGAGAAGCUGCUUGUUUUCACAUUAACUAACUGGGACCCUUCCUCAUACACGUUUGAAAUGGACUGAAAGAAGACACAUCAAAAAGCCACCUGUGUUUCACACUUCACACCUUGAGAAAUUAAAUAUUAACCAGCGCUAAUAAUAUUUCUUCUGAUGUCAUCAGUCGGGAUUACGUCUCGUGUGACGACAUCUGAAGCCGCCAUUCGGAGUUCUCAUAUAUUCCUAGUGAUGACACCAAACGGAAAGGGAAGUGUGUCUGCUCCAGUCCAGGAUUUAAACUGAGAGUCUGUUUUCUUCAUCCGUGGAGACGGAGUGUGUCAUCAAGCUGGAGCUGGGUCAUCUGCAAUAAUUUACAACCUGGAGAUAAAGUUAGAACUGGACGAAGCCUGUUUCAAUAAUCACAGCACUACCAAAGCAAUAAAACUAAAUGUGUCUUCUAAUUUUUUUUUUUUUUUAAGUAUUCACAUUUUGCCAAGUCUGCUCAACCAAGGCCAUUUAAUAAGUUGACAAAGUAACCCGUGUUUUAUCAUAACCGUCAGCAUAUACAUAUGUUGGAGUUUUUUCUUUGUUUUUGAGAGGAUUUGACUGAUGGCUUUUGAGUGCCCUGCUUUUAAGCUGUCUCUGAUCAUGAGCUGUCACAGUGUGGUCUUCUCGCCGUGGCAUUAAGGAGGUCAGAAACGGUAGAUGACAGAUGAUGGACAGCGACAUGAAACGCUUCAGACAUGUUUUGGUCCGGAGUCAGUUUAAUACUGUAGACAGAAGAUCUCAGGAUACGUUAUUCUGGGUCAAGUCUGUGUGACUGUAACAAAACUGAACACUUAUUUUGUUUAGCUUUUUUUUUUUUUUUGUGUAUGUGUGUUUGUGUUUGUAUAUGUUUGAAGUGUAGAACUGUAAAGAUGCUCAAACAAGUUACAAUGCAGAAGUAUGUCGAUGUAUACUGAUGCAGCAGCGUUUGGAGUUUGACCUUUGAUCUUAAUGCAACUUAUCUUUUAAAAUAUCUCAGUUUCUUAAAUAUUCUGAUUUAUUUGGGAUGAAUUUGCACUUGAUGGCGGUUUCUUUUGCUUUUACGUUACUGUGCAAAAUUAGCUGAAGCCAAGUAAUUUUAACGUGAGACUGUAACAUAAGUAGGGUGACUGUUUCCUUCUACACGUCGAUCGCUCUCUCUUGCCGAGUCCGUUGUUCUUGUCUUACUGUUUUUGGUGGAGAGGACUUUGAGGUGUCGCAGACUGUAAGCUAUAUUAAACAGUAUUUUCUAAAUUUCUUUACACCUUCACCCUGUCAGACGUAUGUUCGGCGUCUUUCUCCAGGCUCUGACUCACUGACGGCAAUAUUAUCCAUCUCUGUUGCAUCAAAUAUAGCCCUUUAUAUGCAUCCGCCAUGAAAGCUUCAUAACAUAUAGGCUGUAGUAGCAGUGUGUUUGUGUUGUAGGCUGACUUUAUGGCACCUUCUCUGUUGUUUUUGCUCCAUGUCCUGUUCGCUUCCUAAGUUUUAGAGUCUGCUGGGUGCUCUGGAUAUAAAAAGUAUUUAUUUCUUAAUUUAUGCGUGUGACUAUCCAAAGGUUUGGAGCGCCUGCCUCUGCUGUGUCAUCUUGGAUAAUUAGUUUGUAUUCACUGGGUUUCCUUUAAACGUGAGUGGCUUCAGCUAUUAAAACGUCGAUACUGUUUUCAAAGCUGGUUCAACCUCUUGAACAUUGAGUUAUACUGUAAGUAGACUAGGUCACUAGUCUUUUUCUUUGGCCUGCUGUUUUUAUUUUGUUUAGUUUUUUGUUUUUUUUGCUCUUGCGUACAUUAUAUUCGUCUUAUUCAUUCAACACCUUGUUUUUAAGUCCUUUAUUAACAUUUUAUGUGAUUUUGAUUUUGUGGAAAGACACCAGACUCCCUGUCUGGUCUGUGUAGGGGUGUUUGAGUUUGUCUUUUGUGUUACAUAGUAUUUCCCGCAGCCCUCUGCAUUGACUGCUGCUGUGCUAGCUGAGUUUAUGGCUUCACUAACCCAGACUGUCUGUACACUGCUGAUCAGGCUGGAGUCUGUAACCUGCUGUCUGUACUCACUUUGGCCUCUGCGUGUCACUCUCUGAAUCAGGGUUUCUUAAGGCAAAUUAAAGGCAUUAAAAAUAAA